AUGUCAGUCACACACGUCGUCCUUUUCCGGUUCAAGAAGGAUGUCUCACCAGAGGCCGUUCGCGAUCUUUCCACUCGUAUGCUAGGCUUAAAGGAUAAAUGUCUUCAUCCGCUUACCCAAAAGCCCUAUAUCCUUUCGUCUUCUGGCGGGGUUGAUAUGUCGAUCGAAGGUAUCCAGAAUGGCAUGACACACGCCUUUGUCGUCAAUUUUGCAAGCAAGGAGGAUCGAGAUUAUUAUAUCCAGAAGGACCCUAUGCAUCAGGACUUUGUAAAGAGUGCCGGUGAAGUUCUCGAGAAAGCACAGGCCGUGGACUUUAUCAAUGGAGAAUUGUAA